GUGAAAAUUUUCCCGUUUGCUGGUCAGCCAUUGCUGGUCUGUGCGUUGCAUUAAUAAAAUUGCUCUGUAAAGUCUUAUUGAAAAGUGUUGAAAACAAACGGAAAGUGAUCAUUUAGUGACGUGUUAUAAAAUUGGCUAAUUUUCCAGACAAGUUCCGGAAUAAACGAUAGUAAAAAGAGGCAGCGAAGUAUGACGCGAGGUGGAAGAGGUUAUCCGCGGGGUGGUGGUUCCCGUGGCGGUAGUUCCUAUCGCGGAGGUGGAAGUUACCGUGGUUCGGACCACCACGGUGGCAGCAGUUACAACGGACGGGACAGCUCCCGCAAUCGAUACAGUGGAGGUGGAAGCUAUGGCGAUUCCAGGUCGUCCCGUUACGAUACCGGACGGUAUUCCCGGCAAGAUGAUCGCCAGGGUGGUGGCUACAAGCGGAACGAAUCCUACAAGGAUUCACGAGAUCGUCGUUCCCCGGAUCGUAAGAGACCCCGUACGGAUCAUUCCUCUCAGGGAGGUCGCCGAGAUUACGGCAGCGGAAGCAGCGGCGGAGAUUAUCACCGUAGGGAUGGUAGUGGUGCAAGUGGUCGCGGUGGCUCUUCCAGCCGGUACCAUGAUGGUGGCAGCUCAUCCUACGACAAACGUGGCAAUGAACAUCAUUCAUCGUCGGUUGGCAGCAGUGGUGGUGGUGGCGGCGGCGGCGGUGGCGGCAUUGGCCGUGAUCGGUUGGAUAAUCGCAGCAGCAGCCGGGGACGCGGUGGCAGUGAUAGAUCCCGGGAACCGAUGGGGCCGCCUAGGUCGGUCGCUCCACGAAACACCAGAGGCCGUGGGCCACCGAUGGGUCGAUCAUCGAUGGGUUCGCGCGAUUCGUUCCCGAUGUCGACCAUACGCCGGGGAUCGACAAGAGGUAGGCUUACUAGUCGUUUCAGGAACGAUGGACGCCGCGGGAUGAUUACCAACCGAAUGGGCUCUCGGCGGGACAUUGGCAUUCCGCCGCCGAGAAGAAACUUUCGGCCGAUCCGCGGGGGACGGCAUGAUGGCAUCAAGCGGAUUAUGAAGAUGCGCAUUUCUCAAUUGACCGAUACUACCAGGGUUUCUCGAAAGGCCCUUAUCAAGCGUGCUCUGGCUGCUGCCAAGGAGCUGGACGAUGACCACACCACGGAGAACGAAGGCGAAGAUGAUGACGAGGAAAUCGAUGAUGAGGAAAAGGACAUCUUGGGAGCAGAAGAUGUGGCUAUCAAGAAGGAAUCCAAGGAGGAUGAAGAGGAAGAUGAUGGUGACAAAACGGUAAAAGACGACGAGGAAGAUGAAGACGCCGAGGUGGACAAAACAGUGGACACCGAAGACAAGGAAGGUCACGAUGGCAAGGCGGAUGAAUCCAAAGAGGGCGAAGAAGGCGAAGGUGAGAAGAAAGAUGAUCCGUCUACCCCCAAGAAGGGUACCAAAAAAAUCGUUGUUAAGGUCAAGGGAACGCCCAGCAGCGAGAAAUCAGUUGACAAGGAAAGCGAGAAGAAGAAAAAGGACACUAAGAUCACUACCAAGUACCACCGGUCGUACAUCAAGCUGGACUGCUGCCACUGCGGUACAAAGUGUAUCACCUUCAAGGAAUAUGCAUCCCAUCUGUUCCGUGGAUUGCACCGCGCUGCCAUGCGUCGUAUCGCGGGACAAACUCGCGAUAAGUUGAUGGAGAUGCGCCAGACUCAACGGGCUGCCCAGAAGGAAGAGGACGAAAAGGUCGAGGAAGGCAGCGAGCAAAAGUCGUCGUACUGCCCGUUGUGUCAGCUGAACUUCCGACAACCGAAGGCCGUCCAUCAAAAAUCGAACGGACACAAGGAAAUGAAGCAUUUCCUGAUGCCGUACUGUGCUACGUGCAAGAUUGGCUUCAAGAGCCCUAUGGCCUACGAAGGGCACCGAGCCUCACUGGAUCAUCUUAAAUUCAAAGCCCGCGUCGAACGCUAUGCCAACAAGGACGAUUCCGGCGAAGAUGGAGCGGAAAUCGAUCUGGAGAACUUCACCACUGUCGAUGAAGUUGGCAAUGUAGAUGAACCGACCGACUCCAGCAAGGAUAACGCGUCCACUCCGAAGAAGGGUGAAUCCAUUGGUCGUCCGGGAACAGACGACGAAGACGAUAGCGAUGAUGUUGAUGAGGAAACCGUUAUCGGUGGCGAACACGUCAAAAAGGUCGAGGUUCAGUACUGCGACCUGUGCAAUAUGUAUCUGCCCAGGCGGGAAGAUCCAGAGAAGAUACUUGCGAUUCACUGCAAGACUCGAUCACAUCUCAAAUUGUAUAUCCGUCAGCGAGAAGACAAGAAACUACGAGAACGGGCCGAACGAAUUCACAAGAAGAAACUCAGCGAUGCUAAGGCCAAGAAAGAUGCCAAGAAAGAGAAAGAUGUCAGCAUUUCGGAAGCGGAUGCCAGUGAGAAACCGGAUUCCGGUGAAAAGAAAGCCGGCGAAGGAGAAAACAAGGAAACCACUGACGAUCAAAUGUGGGAGGUGGUCGAUAACGAUAUCGGAGAUCUGCUGCGUGAGGUAGUUGACCCAGGGGAGGACGCCGAGGAAGAAGAGGACGAGGAAAAGGCCAGCUCUGAGCGGUACGAUAAAUUCAAGCACACCGAGAAGAACGGACUGGAUCAGAGCAACAUUCAUGACAGCACGGUGGAGGAAGAUGAAGUAUCGGCGACCGAGAAGAAAACCGGAGCCAAGAAGGCCACCAAUGGCGAUGCCAACGGAGCCGACAAGGAAGUGAAGGCUGAAGCCUAAACAGGCAGGACUCCAUUUGAGACUAGAAUGUAGUAAAGAUAAUUGUUCGCAUUAAGUUACAAAGGUAUCAUCAGUGUGUACCUUAAUUCAAUUUUAAAAUUGUCAACAAUCCUAUUCAUUGACUAGGGAAGAACAUUGACCAUUAAACAUAUAAAAUCAACUUAACUCUACAUACAACAGUGACGCUGUAAGCUUGCGUAACUAGAACCUCACAUUGAAAUAAACGCUAAUAAGAACUCAA